CCUUUAACUGAUUUUUUUUUGAGGGAGUUGAAGUUUUUCUGCUUCUAGAUCUGAUCUACUCACAGCUGAGACCACAAUGUCUGCUGGACCAUCAGCAAGUUAUUCUCAGGUAGAUGCCUUUCCCACUUCUUUGCUUUUUGUGAAAAUUGUGAGAGCCAGAAAUAUGGUCAAAGCAGAUCUAUUGAGUGCCACUGACUGCUAUGUAACCUUGUGGCUGCCAACAUCUUCAAAGGAAGAGGCCAAGACCAAAACUAUCUUGAAUUCUAAUGAACCAGAAUGGAAUGAAACCUUCUGUUUCAGAAUCCAGACCCAAGUUAAGAACAUCCUGGAACUGAGAGUCUAUGAUGAAGAUCCACUCACCAAAGAUGACCUUCUCUUCACUGUUCUCUUUGAUGUGGCUGAAGUCAGACUUGGAGAAAGAGCCUAUUCAAGCUUCAUUUUGAAUUCAGAGAGUAAUACCGAGCUGGAAGUGGAGUUCAUAAUGGAUGAAAUAUUGGACCCUCCAGAAAACCUCAUUACGAAUGGCAUUUUAGUGAGCCGUCCACUUUCCUGUUUAGAAGUUUCUGUGACCAAGGAAAGGAGUCCAAAGUGUUUAGAAGAAGAAGAUAAGCUUGAGCUUAGAGUGAAAGGGUCAUAUGAAGAAACGCAGAAAACCAUACUGGACUCUGGCUUAGUGGAAUCUUUCUUCUUCCACUACCCCGCAUACUGGGAACCAGAACUGAAUGCCCAUCUGCAGCACUGGUCAAGUGAUGAUGGGGGAGAUGGAAAUAACUCCACUGCAUCCUUGAUUAUGCCUCUGAAAUUACUUCGUAUGGAACAGGAAGUGAAAGUAAUUCUUCCUAUAGUACAUGAAGCAAGUUUGGAGCUGCAACUCAAGACACAGGACUGCCAGGAAAACCUAGACAUGCGCUUGGGAUUUGACCUGUGCUCACAGGAGAAAGAUUUCCUGCAGAAGAGGAAGAAGGUAGUUGCCGCUGCCUUGAAGGAGAUUCUUCAUUUAGAAGAGAACCUGCAAGACCAUGAGGUUCCAGUUGUGGCAAUUAUGGCAACAGGAGGUGGGGCCAGAGCAAUGACAUCCCUGUAUGGCCAGCUCUCAGGUCUCAAGAAGUUAAAUCUCCUUGACUGUAUAACAUAUAUCAGUGGCACUUCUGGUUCAGCUUGGACAAUGUCAAGCUUGUAUGAAGAUGCCAAUUGGUCACAGAAGGAUCUGGAGAGGCCGAUCAACGAGGCUCAGAAGCAAGUGACCAAGAGCAAAACGAACACUUUUUCCUUGGAGCAUGUCAUGCAUUAUCAAAGAGAGCUGAGCCAGAGGGCCAAAGAAGGCUUCUCUAUAUCUUUUAAUGAUCUGUGGGCCGUUGCUCUUGAAUAUAUCUUGCAUGGUAAGGUAAAUGACUUUAAACUCUCAGAUCAGCAACAGGCUGUGAGUCAAGGGCAAAAUCCUCUGCCUCUCUACCUAGCUCUCAAUGUUAAAGAGAACCACAUGUCUACUGCUAACUUUAAAGAAUGGUGUGAAUUUUCCCCUUUUGAGGUCGGAUUCCCAAAAUAUGGUGCUUUCAUUUGCUCAGAAGAUUUUGGAAGUGAAUUUUUCAUGGGGCAAUUGAUGAAGAAGAAUCCUGAGUCCCGGAUUUGUUAUCUAGAAGGCUUAUGGAGUAACAUCUUUGCUGUGAAUCUGCUUGAUAUCUGGAAUGCCUUUGGUAUUUCAGAUAAAUUUUGGCAGCAACAUGUCCAAGCCAAAAUAAAAAAUAUUGAGGAAGACCAUGCUCUGUCUAAGAGCUCCUCCUACCUGGGGAUAUCAUGGAUAAAUCCUACAGGAAUGCUCUCUAAGAUCAUUAAGGAUAUUCUAACUGAUCGUCCCCUACACCAUCAUGUCCAUAACUUCCUAAGAGGCCUCCAGUUGCACAAGGACUACUAUCAACAGAGCCCAUUUUCUAUCUGGAAAGAUUCUCAGCUGGAUGUGUUCCCUAAUCAGCUGACACCCUCAGAAGAUGACCUAUGUCUGGUAGAUGCUGCAUAUUUCAUCAAUACCAGUUGUCCACCACUCUUGAGGAAAGAGAGGAAUGUGAACAUCAUCCUGUCAUUUGAUUACUCCCUGAGCACAGCAUUUGAGACCGUAGAACGGACUGGGCAGUACUGCUCAAAGCAGGGAAUACCAUUCCCGAAAAUUGUGCUGAGUGAAGAGGAAAAAAGGCAUCCGAAAGAGUGCUAUGUGUUUAUGGAUGAAGAAAAUCUAAAGACUCCCAUAGUUCUCCAUUUCCCACUGGUGAACAACACAUUCAGGAAGUUCAAGGUACCUGGGGUGGAACGCAGUCCUGCAGAGCUGGCAGAAGGAACAGUGCCUCUUGCUGGUUGCUGCUCACCUUAUAACUUGCUGAAUAUGACCUACUGCAAGGAGGACUUUGAUAAACUGCUAAAGCUCACUGACUACAAUGUCCAGAAUAACAGAGACCUGAUUCUGCAGGCUUUCCGCACAUCCAUAUCACGAAAGAAAUGCUGCAGCAACUGAAAUGGCACAAGCCUUGGGAGUUCUUCCAUGCUAUGCAUUUCCUUUAACAUGACAAUAAGGAGAAUUCCUCAUGACCAUGACAUGAUUUAAUGCAUUAUUCAUUAGAUGUACAACAUAAAAAUGCUUCAGAUUUAAAACUCAGUUCUUUCUAAUAUUACACUAAUAUGGUCAUGAGUCUUGACCAUGAAGUUAGAAUUUUUAUGUAGGAGUGGCUGGUUAUUUAAUAAAUAGAUAGUGUGAAUCUCAGCCAGAUCUAUGCUGACCAUAUGUUACUAUCCAACAGUGACUUGCAGAAAGUAAGUUGGCAUUCUGUCCAAAGGUCAUGCGUCCAGGUCACAAAAACACUUCCACCAGUGACACCUUUGUUGGCAGUUGCAGCAGAGAGACUAAGAAGUAAGCAAGCCAUGGAGAUGGAGAAAUGUGUUAAAACCAAAAAUGGAUGCUGCAGAUCUGAAAUAAGGUGAACUGAUGAUGUUAGAAAAGUAUUCCCUGCUCCUGCCCAUCUGGUGUUUGGCUACAUGGAGAACUUUAUGUUCUAGGCCUGUCAAGCCCCCACCUUUCCCAAGUACUAAAAUUAAUUUUAAAGAGGGAGAAGUAGGUCUGAAAUUGGAUACUAUCAAAUGUCAAGUCCAGGUGCAGCAUCUUCAGUGUUUCUCUGUUUCUUUCCAACCACAGAGCUCAUACAGACUUUAAAUUUAACAGUCGUAAACAGUGACCUGUAAGCAGCACAGAAACAGAGCCAUGGGACUCUUCAGCCUGGAAAAGCGCAGGCUCAGGGGUGGCCACCUAUAAGUUUAUUAGGGGUGCUUACCAGGAUCUGGGGGAACGUCUGUUCACCAGAGCACCCCAAGUGGUGAUAAGGUUGAACGGUCAUAAACUCCUCCAUGACCGUUUCAGGCUGGACAUAAGGAAGAACUUCUUUACUGUCCGAGCCCCCAAGGUUUGGAAUAGACUGCUGCCAGAGGUGGUUCAAGCACCUACUCUGAACGCCUUCAAGAGACAUCUGGAUGUUUAUCUUGCUGGAAUCCUAUGACCCCUGCCAACUUCCUGCCCCUUGGGCAGGGGGCUGGAAUCGAUGAUCUUUCAAGGUCCCUUCCAGUCAUAAUGUCUAUGAAAUCUAUGACUACUCAUCUAUGACAAGUAUGCAGGAAACUCUCACCAUGAGCAUUCUCACCAUGUAUUCAUGAAUCAGGCAAAAACAACUGUAGAAUUUAAGAAAGAGUGAAGAAAUUAUUUAAACAGGCUGUCAUCUACUAUAAAUGUUGACCAUUAUAAAACUACCGACCUUAAUUUUUUUUCAUGAAUCUGCCAUUUUUAAAGAACUCCGCUGAAUGAAUGAGCACUGGAUCUCAUCAAAAGUGUUUAAAGGGAAAACACAACAUGUGCUAUGCUCUGCUGGUCUUACUUUUUCCCAAGAUAGGUUUGGGCUGGAGAUGACUGACAUAAAGUGCUUUUCAUAUGCAAGUCAAUUUUUUAUGCUUUAUGACAUGCACGUGUCCUGGAUAAUGCUGCUGCAUGACUGCCAGCUGCACUGCUUGUGCUAUGGUUUGCAGCUAGCCUUCAAAUUGGAACUUGAGGCUUUUCUCCACCUUGUCCCAUUGAAUGACUUUGUAAUUUGAUUCUAAUAUGCCAAGUUAAUGGGAAAAGAAAUCAGCCAACUGUGUGUAUAGCAAAAGCAUAUCUAACUCCUUUUACCGUUGCCACCCUUUUGUUUUCUUUUUUUGCUGUCAUCAUUUGAAUAUAUUUAGAGAAAUAAAUACAAAUGUUCUGAAAGAUCAUUACCUUCAUUAC